GCCAUUUGGAGAAAAGGCCUCUCUCUCUCUCUCUCCCUUAUAAAUGUUCGCCAAUAAAUGCAAAAAUCUCAUCUCCUCUCUUCUUAGAUUUUAUCUAUUCUCUCUACUUUCUAUCCUUCUAAUUUUCCUUCCCCAAUAUCUAUUCAAAAUCAAACAUCAAAAUCUCAUUUAAUAUUUUUAUUUAAUCAAACCCUAAUUCCCUCUGGAUUUGUAACAAUGGCGCCGCCUAUCAAAUCCACCAAAGUAGGUUCUAAGGAAUUGGACGAGCUCCAGACUCCCUCCAGUAAUCUUUGGGCAGGGAAUUUGGCCGCUGGCGUGUCGGAUUCGGAUCUUAUGGAUCUAUUCGCUAAGUACGGUGUUCUUGAUAGCUUCACGACUUAUACGUCUAGGAGCUAUGCGUUCUUGUACUUCAAGCGCGUGGAGGACGCUGCAGCAGCUAAGGAGGCGCUUCAAGGGACGGUGUUGCGUGGGAGCCCUUUGAAGAUCGAGUUUGCGAGACCGGCCAAACCUUGUAAGCAUCUAUGGGUGGGUGGUUUCAGCCCAGCAGUUUCUAGGGAACAGUUGGAACAAGAGUUUCUUAAGUUUGGUCAAAUUGAGGAAUUUAAGUUUCAUAGAGACCGGAAUACUGUUUUUAUCGAGUAUGUCAAACUGGAAGAUGCUUCAGAAGCCAUGAGAAACAUGAAUGGAAAGCGAAUUGGUGGUGACCAGAUACGUGUGGAAUUCCUUCGUUUACAAUCCUUAAGAAGAGAACAUUUUUAUGAAUUUCGUGAUUCAAAAGAGAGUCAGUUUUCAGUUGCACAUUCUGGAGUAAAACAAGCUCAGCAUUCUCAGCUUUCAGGGGGCCAAAGGGAAGGCCUGCCCAGUAAUGUACUGUGGGUAGGCUAUCCUCCAUCUGUGCAGAUUGAUGAACAAAUGCUCCACAAUGCGAUGAUUCUUUUUGGCGAGAUUGAGAGAAUUAAGAGCUUUCCAUCAAGGCACUAUUCCUUUGUACAGUUCAGAAGUGUAGAUGAAGCUCGGCGUGCUAAAGAAGGCUUGCAGGGGCGGCUUUUUAAUGAUCCUCGCAUCACAAUUACAUAUUCAAGCAGUGAGCUGGCUCCUGGUAAAGAGUACUCCACUCUUAGUCCUGGGGUUAAAGGAACAAGGCCAGAGAUUUUUAAUGAACAUCUUUUGGGGUCUAGCCAGCUGGAAAUAUUGGAUCAUCAUCGACCUAUGGGGCUACAUACUUUUCCUGGACAAUUGCUUCCUAGUAAUAUUCAUAGACCAAACCCACCAUUGUGUCCUUUUGAUCCUCAAGUUGGUUUUGACCCUUUGCUUUCUAAUGCAGAAUAUAAUGAUUUGGCUCCUCUACUUGUUGUCCGAGAUGGGAAUUCUAACAUUCCAAUGGGACCUAACUGGAGAAGGCUAUCUCCUCCUGCAUCUGGGAUCCUUCCUUCUCCAGGUUCAAGGAUUAGGCCACCAAUGAGAUCAGUGUCUACUGGAUGGGAUGUGCUUGACCCUAGUCAGAGGGAACCAAAACGAUCAAGGAUUGAUCCACCAGUGCCCAUAGACGAUGAUUCUUUUGCCUCAAGGAAGAUUGAUGAUCGUGGGCUGGGUUUGGACAAAACAUAUAGGCUUGGGCCAGCUACUGAUGGAGGUAUCUCAGGUCCAUUCGUAAAUGUUCAAGGCAAGCGUAGUCUUAGUCCAGUUGGUGUAAGGGGCACAAUAGGAUCUCAUCAACGCCGUCUUGGCAAUGAUUAUAUAUGGCGUGGUAUUAUUGCUAAAGGUGGAACACCAGUUUGCCAUGCUCGUUGUGUUCCUAUAGAUAAAGGGAUAGAAUCAGAACUUCCUGAAGUUGUUAAUUGCUCGGCCAGAACGGGAUUGGAUAUGCUCACGAAACACUAUGCUGAGGCCAUUGGAUUUGACAUUGUCUUCUUCUUGCCAGACAGUGAAGAUGAUUUCGCUUCCUAUACUGAGUUUCUUCGCUAUUUGGGUUCCAAAAACCGUGCUGGUGUUGCCAAGUUUGAUGAUGGGACAACCCUAUUUUUGGUCCCUCCAUCAGAUUUCUUAACCAAGGUGUUGAAGGUUGCAGGACCUGAACGUCUUUAUGGUGUAGUUCUCAAGUUGCCACAACAUGUCCCUAAUAGUGCAUUAAUACAGCCACAGCUACGACAGCCCAACCAUUUUCCUCAGUAUAUUGAUAGACGUCACAUUCCUCCACCAGAGGCUGAGUAUAAUCAAAUUCCUCGAGAGGAACAUAUGAUGCUAUUGGAUUAUAACAGGGUUUUGCACGAGGACUCAAAGCCUCUGUCGAAAACAUUUUAUACACCAACAACUAAGUCCAUUGCAGAGCAGUCUAUCCCUCAAGAUUAUACUUCUGGUAACUCUGUAGCAGCUUCUCUAGCAGGAGUGUCGUUGACACCUGAGCUUAUUGCCACUCUUGCAUCUCUAUUGCCUGGAAAUGCAGAGUCAACUGGUUUAGAAGGUGGUCAACCAGUAUCAGGCUCUGUUGUUAGGCCUCUAUUUUCCUCAGUUGCUACUGAUCAAGGAACUUCCUCACUUGGUUGGAAGAAUGAUAAUCAGGUUUCUGGAAACACAGAUCAUAUAAAAUUUGGGAACCAGUACAAUUCUCAGGCACAAGUUUAUUCUCAGUUUCAGCCUUAUCCAUCUGUACCCAAUGGACCUUAUAAUCCAGCAAAUAUGGUCCCUGCCAACACCCAAAUCAAAGAUUCUUCCGUCAACCUACCACAUCAGGGUGGAAUUCCAUCUAGGCCUUUGACUAGUGUUUCCAUGCCUUCCCAAAGUGGACAAGUUGGUUUGUCACCACAAGUCAACCAGCAGUAUAUGCUUGAUGUUCCUCAGCAGAAGGGAUAUGGUGGAAUGGUGCAUGGAAUAGACGUUUCUGGUCCAUAUAGUCCAUCAGUUAUUCAGCAACCUAAUAAUAAUGCUGCCUUCUCUAGUCAGGCUCAGGGCGGUAAUCAUUCCCAGUUACAAUCUGGGAUGCCUAUGUCUGCUGACAAAGUGAAUCAGCAGAAUCCCAAUCAGGUGCAGCAAUUCCAAACUGCUCUUCCUGGAGCUGGUCAGGACACAUCAGAGGAUGAGGUUGACAGGAAUGAGCGAUACCAAUCGACAUUACAGUUUGCAGCAAGCCUCCUCCUCCAUGUACAGCAGCAACAUCAGCCGCAAACAGGUAAUCCAGCAGUGCAUGGGUCUGGAAAUCAACAAUGAUAUUCCUUUAAUAUAGAUUAAUUGAAAUUGAGGAGAAUCAUCUCUUUCUACAUGGUAUUAGAGUAGGUCAUCUAUCUAGGGUGACUAUUUGUUCUCACCACCCAGCUCAGGAGAGACCUUGGCUGCCGACGGGCCGUUUCGACUCCGAUCAACAUCACCGGCGUCGCCUCAACUCCCUCAUUACAUCACUGUGUGCUGUUGCCUGAUCCAAUGCACCAUUAAAGGACUUCUGAGGUUUGGGUCUCAGAUUCUAUUUCGGUAUUUGCUUGAUUUGUGAUUUUGGGUUAUUUUGCUGCUGUAAGCACUUUGGAUUAGUGUUUUGAUCAGUUUUCUUUGUCUUAACAAAUGGUAGACAAUAAGAAUGUUAUUUCUGAUGUGAUUCCGGUGAUGACUAAGAUCACGGAACACGAAUUUAAUGAUUCGAAUUACCUGGAGUGGAGUAAGACUGUUAGGGUCUAUUUGCGUAGCAUUGAUAAGGAUGAUCACCUUAUUAAAGAUCCACCUACGGAUGAUACACGACAAACUUGGCUAAGGGAUGAUGCUCGGUUGUUUUUGCAUUUUCGGAACUCGAUUCACAGUGAGGUAAUUAGUUUAAUUAAUCACUGUGAAUUUGUUAAGGAAUUGAUGGAUUACUUAGAUUUUCUGUAUUGUGGUAAAAGGAAUAUCUCCCGUAUUUAUGAUGUUGUAAGGCACUCUACCGUGCUGAGAAAGAGGAUAAGUCUCUCACGGCUAAUUUUAUGGAUUUUAAACAGGUAUAUGAGGAACUUAAUAUAUUUUUGUCUUUUAGUCCUGAUGUUAAAGUGCAGCAGGCCUAACGGGAGCAACUGGCUGUUAUGAGUUUUCUUGCAGGCCUUCCUUUAGAGUAUGAGACUGUUAAAUCUCAGAUUCUCUCCAGUUCUGAGAUUUCCUCUUUGCAUGAAACGUUCACACGGAUCCUUCGUACAGAGAGUACCCAAUCUUCACAGCCUGCCAAUAGUGCUCUUAUUAGCCAUAAUCCAAAUGGACAACAGGGUAAUUGAAGAGGAAGUAGAGGAGGAAUUACAGGCAACAGAAGUAAUCACCGUAAUGGAGAGGCUAGUUCUAAUCAGGACUCAAGAGGAGUUAUUUGUUAUUAUUGCCAUGAGCCUGGCUAUACAAAAUAUAAUUCUCCGCAACUUCAGAGGAAAAAUCAGCGAUCACAGAUGGCAAAUAUGGCAGCAGAGAAUUCUACAGUAUCUUCCUCUGAGAAAAUUAUUUUGGUAUCUGCAGAGGAUUUUGCACAGUUUUUCUAGUAUCAGGCAUCUAUAAAGCCUACCAGUUUCCCUGUCACUGCGAUCGCUGAGUCAGGUAAAUCCACUACAUGCCUUGUGUCUUCCUCAUCCAAAUGGGUUAUUGAUUCUGGUGCGACAGAUCACAUGACAGGUAAUUCUAGUCUUCUAUCUGUUUUUCAGUCUAAUCUCACUUCCUCUAUAGUUACUUUAACUGAUGGUUCUACUUCUUGUGUUAUGUGUUCUGGAACUGCGAACUCGACUUCGUCAAUUUCUUUGUCAUUUGUUUUGUGUCUACCAAAAUUCUCUUUUAAUCUACUUUCUGUUAGUAAACUUACUCAUAUCUUAAAUUGUUCUGUUUCCUUUUUUCCUGACCAGUGUUUGUUUCAGGAUCUUACGACGAAGCAGAUUAGUGGUAGAGAACGUGAGUCAGGUGGUCUCUACAUUCUGGAAAAUCAUAUACCGCGGUCACUUGUUUGCUCCAGUACCUUAACACCUCUUGAAGUUCAUUGUAGAUUGGGCCAUCCUUCUUUGUCUAUCACGAAGAAGCUGUGUCCUCAGUUUCAGUUUUUAUCAGUACUAGAAUGUGAGCGUGUCAGUUUGCAAAAUAUCAUCGUUUGCCUUCUGUGUCUAGAGUAAAUAAACUGGCUUCAUCCCUUUUUGAGUUAGUUCAUUCUGAUGUUUGAGGUCAUUGUUCUGUUACUUCUAAAACUGGAUUUCGUUAUUUUGUUACUUUUGUUGAUGAUUACUCUCGUGUUAUUUGAUUAUAUUUAAUGAAGAGUCGUUCUGAGUUAUUUUCUAUCUUUUGUACCUUUUGUAAUGAAAUUAAAACUCAAUUUUAUAUUUUUGUGCGCAUAUUAAGAAGUGACAAUGCCAAAGAAUACUUUUCAGCACAAUUUCAGUCUUAUAUGACACAAAAUGGCAUUCUUUAUCAGUCUUCCUGUGUGGAUACCCCAUCCUAAAGUGGCGUGGUCGAAAGAAAAAAUCGGCAUCUUCUUGAGGUAACUUGUGCUCUUUUUUUUCAGAUGAAAGUUCCUAAACACUUUUGGGCGGAUGCAGUUUCUAUGGCAUGUUUUUUGAUCAAUCGUAUGCCGUCUUCUGUCCUUAAUGGGGAUAUUCCUUAUACUGCUUUGUUUCCU